AUGUAUGCGGGGCAACCAUGGACUUUGAGCGAAGAAACAGUGCUGCUCAAUCAUCAUUACCAACUCGGGGACGUCAUCGAACGUGGUCCGUUAAGCACAGUUUAUCGUGCUGUACAUCGUAUAACUUCGAAGCUUUAUUCGGUAAAAAGCAUCGACAUGCAAAAGUAUUCUGUCACUUCAGGAUUAACUCGAACAGAUGUGGACAAUGAAAUUGAAAUUUGUGCAGUACUGAAACAUCCAUUCUUGUGUGAGUUGAAAGAUGUAAUAGCUGGUGAAAAAGCUGUUCAUAUGGUUUUUGAAUUUCUCGAUGGUGAUGACAUAUGCUUUGAAAUUGUUAAACGAGCCAGUGCUGGUUUUGUUUAUAGUGAAGCUGUUGCCAGUCAUUACAUGAGACAACUAAUGCAAGCACUAGAAUACAUGCACAGCCAAGGGAUCAUUCAUCGCGAUAUUCGGCCACACAACGUUGUUCUUGCAAGUAAAGACAAUUCAGCGCCUCUGAAACUGACCGGUUUUGGUGUUUCUAUGAAAUUGCCUGCCGCAGCUGCAACUGUUCGAGCUGGCCGUGUAGGAGUGUCCUAUUUUAUGGCUCCCGAGGUAGUAAGUGAUGCAGAAUACGGCACAAAAGCUGAUAUGUGGAGUGCUGGUGUACUACUUUACAUACUUCUUUGUGGACGUUUGCCAUUUGUUGGCACUCGGCAGAGUAUAUAUGAAGGUAUCACCGAGGGAAGAUAUUCACAUCACGGUGGGACAUGGCAACAGAUUAGCGAUUCGGCGAAGGAUCUGCUGAUCAGAUUGCUUACCGUGAAUCCAAGCAAUAGGAUAUCUGCAGAAGGUGCCUUAAAUCAUGAAUGGUUGCGUGAACGUAGUCGCUUUGCCCCUCGUAGACAUUUGCAAAGUACUGUGGAACAAAUUCGAAGAUACAAUGCGCGUCGAAAAUUGAAAAGCAAUAUAUUAUCGGCUGUAAACAACAAGAAGUGGAUGGAAGGGUGUAGUUGUUCGACUGGUACGGGCACGAGUGCUGCCGCAAUUGCAGUACAUUCAGAUGCUGUGGUCAGUGGUGAUCUGCUACCCGGUGGUGAUACGUGCGACGCGGAUGGUUGUACAAGACGUGGUACAGAGCAAGUAAUACCUAAGGAUUUGUCAGGCGUCGAAAAGAUUUUGACCUCACUGGAUCAGAUAGCUGCGCUUACAGAUGCACCUUUUACUGCCGAAAGCAUCGCUAAUAAAUCACCAAUAAAUCCAUCGCUGGAAAAUGCCGAUCUAAAAACGUUACUGAUGCUGUAUGAUCGAAUAUCGAAUUUGUCGGUUCAGCCAUUAAUAUUAGAGCAUGAUUCUGCCAGAUAUGCUAAAGAGUUGUGUAUACAAAUCGGUGGGUUCUUACAACCCUCAGCUGAAGUAGAAGAAUUACGGCAAUUACUUGAAUCCCAAGAAAUCCAGGCAGUACUGCAAGCAUACGAUGUAAUAAUUCAUGAAAUUUAUGAGGGUAGUGCUAGUGGCAAUUGCGCCACGGUGGAAAUGGGUGGCAAUGAGGGAAAUAGGAUAAUGCAUCAGCAACAAAGUGCGCCUCCACAAAUAUCCGUUCAGGCAUCCACAUCAUCACAGUUACCAUUUUCGUAUCUUAACGGUGGUGUACUGCGAGCGCAAACAUCUCAGACAGUUACACCUUCAUUUGGCACUGCGGCGAACGAAUUGCCGCAAUCGUUUAUGCCACCGGUGCUUAAUGAUGAUGACGAUCUGAUGAUGGAUUCCGUCAGUCGGGUACGCUUGGUGCAGUUUCAGAAGGAUACUGACGAACCAAUGGGAAUUACUUUGAAAGUAACGGAAGAUGGUCGAUGUCAAGUUGCCAGAAUUAUGCAUGGAGGACUAAUACAUAGGCAGGCAACUCUUCAUGUUGGUGAUGAAAUUCGUGAAAUCAAUGGUGUCAGUGUGUUGAACCAAAGCGUUGAAAUGCUGCAGCGAUUGCUGCGUGAUGCGCGUGGUGCGGUAACAUUCAAGAUAGUUCCGUCGUAUCGCAGCGCACCACCAGCAUGCGAGAUAUUUGUCCGAGCGCAGUUUGACUAUGAUCCGGGGCAAGAUGACUUAAUUCCAUGUCCACAAGCUGGCGUUCCAUUUAAAACUGGCGACAUUCUUCAGGUGAUAUCAAAAGAUGACCAUAACUGGUGGCAAGCGCGAUAUAUCUCUCAAUUUCCAGCUCUUGGAAGUGGUGGUCCCAGUGGCACCUAUACUCCAGGUGCUUCCGUUGCUGGUUUAAUACCGUCGCCAGAGUUGCAAGAAUGGAGAACUGCUUGCUUGGCUAUGGAACGAGCUAAAGAUAAUACGCAUUGUAUGUGGUUCAACAAGAAGAAAAAAUAUUAUACAACAAAGUAUCUUCAGAAACAUUCCGCUUUAUUCGAUCAACUUGAUCUCGUCACUUAUGAAGAGGUGGUACGGUUGGCAACUUACAGACGUAAAACGUUGGUACUGCUGGGUGCUCAUGGUGUUGGCCGAAGGCAUAUCAAAAAUACACUUAUUCAUAGGCAUCCACAAAGGUUUGCCUAUCCUAUACCGCAUACAACAAGACAACCAAGAAAAGACGAAAUUGAUGGGAAACAUUACUAUUUCGUGUCCAAUGAUUGCAUGCUUGCCGACAUUCAGGCAAAUGAGUAUUUGGAGUAUGGAACUCACGAGGAGUGCAUGUAUGGUACUAAACUGGAAACAAUUCGCAAUAUUCACAGGACAGGAAAAAUGGCUAUCUUGGAUGUUGAACCUCAAGCGCUAAAAGUUCUUAGGACAGCUGAGUAUGCUCCAUUUGUCGUUUUUAUCGCUGCACCAAAUCUACACGGCUUACAAGAUCCAGAUGGUAGUUUGGAACGUUUGCUGCGUGAAAGUGAAAUUUUACGGCAGGCAUUCGGACAUCUUUUUGAUUAUGUGAUACUGAAUAACGACAUUGAUGAGACAAUUCGACAGUUGGAGCUUGUUGUGGAGAAGCUUAACGCCUGUCCACAAUGGAUGCCAGUUUCCUGGGUCUACUGAUUCCUUAUUGUAGGAUGAUCUUUGACGAUGGUCCUUCAUUCUUACAGAAGUUGGUUCUACCUCGGAGAAUUAGUGUAGUAGUCGCCAAAAAACGUUAGGUCUGCUGAUAUUACUUGAAAAAGAACUUAUUCCCUGG